GAUCUUACGGUGAAAGUGAAAUUAAUUCUUCCGUAUUAAAUGACGGAUUCUAAAAGAUUAUUUUCUCAAUUCAGCCUAUUUCCAGAUUCAAGUCCACGGAACACAGAUUUGUUUGAUCUCCCGUUCCUCAGAGAACAUUUGGUUUCAUAAAUGGCUCCGGUCGCCGUUAACGAAGUUAUCCCAGAAGGAAGUUUGUCCUACUUUGAUGAGCAGGAUCAGCUUCAGACGGUGUCGAUCCAUUCGCUCGCGAAGGGUAAAAAGGUCAUUCUAUUCGCCGUUCCAGGAGCCUUCACUCCCACUUGCAGCAUGAAGCAUGUGCCUGGGUUUAUUGAGAAAGCCGACGAGUUAAUCUCCAAGGGCGUUGACGAUAUUCUCUGUCUUAGUGUGAAUGACCCCUUUGUGAUGAAAGCAUGGGCAAAGACUUACCCGGACAACAAACAUGUCAAGUUCUUAGCUGAUGGAUCUGGCACCUACACCCGUGCUCUGGGCCUUGAGCUUGACCUCUCAGAGAAAGGGCUCGGCAUUCGAUCUAAAAGGUUUGCACUUUUGGUUGAAGAUCUCACGGUUAAAGUUGCCAAUAUUGAAUCUGGUGGAGAAUUCACUGUCUCUGGUGCUGAGGAAAUCCUUAAGGCUCUCUAAAAGAGCGUUCAUACUCAAGCAUCUUGUUCCGCAAGUAUUUCCCUUUUCAUUUUCACCUUUUCUGUUUUGUGUAUGAACGGUUUUCACCUACCGGUCUUUUGGAAAUAAAAUGUCUUCUGGCCCUCAAAAUGUUACCUUCGGUUUUCGAAUGCUAGAUUGCUAGACUGAGAUGCAUUGAAAGCAUGCUGUUAAUUGACGUCAUGGAAAUGACGUCAAUUAUGACGUCAUUGAAAGUUCUGAUGGAAAUGAUGGAAUCAUGGAUCGAUGUGGAUAGCAUCAACAGACAAUUCCAAACCCAUUUCAAAAAGUCUUCUAUGGUUCCGCAAUCUGUAAGGCACACCAAGAUGCUCGGUGAUCAUGGAAAAUUCUGAUGUUUUAUGAACAUUCACUUGACACAAAAUCAGCAUUAUAUAUCCUAGGGAAAAGGGGCAAAAACACCCAUAAAGUUGACACCAAAGAGCAUAUAUGCCCUUAAAGUUUGUUUUGGUGCAAAAAACUUUAAAACCCCUCAAAGCAGGGCAAUCACCCCCUUCCUCACGGAGUCACGGUGAAUCAAUGCAACAGAGAUAGCAACUGUUAAAAAUGCUAAGCAUUAAAGCAUGCUCCUUUGAGUUUUCAACGGAAUAAAUUUUAAUUGUACGGUAUUUGUAUGAACUAUGUUUGUAAAUUAGUUGAAAUAUAAAAUAUAAAAAAAAUUAUUACAUAUACAAGUACUGAAUAAAAAGAGGAAAAAUCAUGAAAUAAUGAUUAUACAUUAAGG